AAUCACCGGUUUACCAUGCAUUUGAGCUUAAUGCAGGUUGCAUUGCAAUCCAUUAUCAAGUGGCUGAAUAUUCUUGCGAGUGUUAAAGAGAUACCCUUUCCUUGCUUGCUGUUACAGUGCAACUCCUCGAGAAUCAAGUACCAUUGUUCGAUGGCAAUGAACAUAGACGACAACGUCGUUUCUUUAACCCCGAAAUUCCCUGUUUCCCAACUCAAUUUCUCUCUGGAAAUUAAGGGAAACAAAACAGAAAUCAUCAUUUCCAGUUAUGAAGAUCAUUUUCGGGUUGUUGCCACUCAAAUAGGUACCAUGGGGACAAUACUGCAUGCCAGGAAGGAAGAAGGGAUGUCAAUUGACCCAACAUUCAAUGUUUCUGUUUUAUUUGGCAAACGGGAUGAGCCAAUGUUAGUAGCAUGUGCAUGCCAGCUGAUUGAGCAUAUGAGGUGAAUGGAGACAACAUUGGGUAGGGUUUCUGGAGAAAAGGUUAUACCCAAGUGGCAAAUUCUUUGAUCCUCUUGGUUUAGCCGGUGAUCCUUAAAAGAAAGAAAGACUUCAAUUGGCAGAGAUUAAACAUUCUCGCUUGGCUAUGGUUGUUUUCCUCAUCUUUGCAA